AUGAAGUGCUGGAAACAAGAUUGCAUAAAAGAAUCCAUAUAUUUGUGUCAAUGCUCUGAACAAGGAAUUUACUCAUGCGAAACUCAUUAUAUUGACCAUCUGCAACUUAACAUCCAACAAAGACAUCUGCCUCAGCCUCUAAAAUUCAAGCCAAGCCAAAAUGCAAAGCAAGCUCUUUGCUCUUAUCUUAAAAGUAGGAACGCAGAGUUAAAUACCCUUCAAUCAGAAGCAAUUAGUAAAAUAUCCCAAAAAAUAAAGAAACUCAACACUCAAUUAAAAAUAGCAAUUGAUGAAAUUACAAGAGUAAAAAAAGAAAAUCAAGCAUUGAUAGCCAGAAUUGUCCAGGCUGAACAAAUAUCUCUGCACGAUGACUUGGCAAAGAUUUUAGCUUUAGACCCUGAUGAAGCCAUUGAAAUUAUUCAAGAUAAUAUUUGUAGAAUUGAUAUUCGAAAAAUUCCUAAAUAUAUUGAAUGCAAUUUAGAUACUUUUGAUUAUUCAAUUAGUGGAAAUGAAAUCGAUAUUUUUCGUGAUAAUUCAAAAAUGUUAUUAAGAGUAAGUCUGGAAGAUCUUACAAUUAAAGAAGCUGAAAUAGCAAUGAACCAAAAUACCAAUACUCAUUUAUCAAUUUGUAAAAUCUCAAAUAGUAAUCUUAUUUGUAUUGGAGGUUACAAUCCUUAUACUUCAACAGCAUUUAUGAUAUAUCCUGAUAAUAGCAUUAAAUAUCUUGCUAAUUUAUCACAGCCAUGCGGAUUCUCAAGUGCUAUUUAUUAUAAGAAUGAAGUAUAUGCAUUUGGUGGUUACAAUAAUAGUGGAUACGUAAUGACUCCUGAGAAAUAUAACAUCUCAGAAAAUAUAUGAAAGCCUCUCCCUAAAAUUAGUGUAGGCGCAAAUUGUUGCACCGGCUUUGUUUAUAAAAAUAAGAUUUUCUUUGCAGGAAUUCAACAUUCAAAAGUUUAUAUUUACGAUAUUCAACAAAAUUCAUACUCAGUAAUUCCAAUCGGGUUAAAUCCAAGUAAGGGCAAGGUUUUAAUUUUAAACAGAAAUAUUUUUUAUGUGAUUGAGUCUGGCUCACAUAUCUAUGAAGUUGGUCUUAAUGACCUAAAUUGGAAAGCUGUUGGAAGCUGUGAACCAUUGAAUAAUUAUCCGGUAUCUCAUUUUGUUGAAUUUAAAAAUUGUAUUUACUUUCUGAAUGAAGGAUCAUAUAUAGCUCCUGCAUUUUAAUAGGUCAUUAUCGACCAUCCAUUUUAAUUUUCAAGCUAAAUUUGGCUUGCAAAAUUUUUGAAAAGUGCAAACGAAAUGCAAAUCUCCUUUAUGGUUUUGAGAUGCCUAAUCAGACUUCGACUGCAUAGAGAAAGUCCUGGCCAUUUUUAUAGCCUGUAUGCUGCUUGACCAUAGUGAUCUAUUAUGGUGCAUAAACUAUAUUUAUAGAUUUGAUUUAGAUUCGAAAUCAGUCCUAAAAUUGAAGAAAAUAUAA